AUGGGAUAUUACGACGAAUCAGGACACUACCACUCCUUUCGUCACGGACUUCACAAAAUGGCCGACCGCGUCUUCCACCCUGAGGGCGAACGCCUAGAGAUCGUUCGCGAAUCUCGCUCUUCUGCUCCUAGCUCUAGCGGAGCUCCUUCUGUUCCUAACACCGUUACCAUCCCCUGUCACCAUGUUCGCAUGGGUGAUAUCCUGAUGCUCCAGGGCCGUCCCUGCCAGGUCAUUCGCAUCUCCACCUCCUCUGCCACUGGCCAGCACCGCUACCUUGGUGUUGAUCUCUUCACCAAGCAGCUCCACGAGGAGUCCUCUUUCGUUUCCAACCCUGCCCCCAGCGUUGUUGUCCAGACCAUGCUUGGUCCUGUUUUCAAGCAGUACCGUGUCCUAGAUAUCCAGGACGGUAGCAUCGUCGCUAUGACUGAGACUGGUGACGUCAAGACCGGUGUCCCCGUCAUUGACCAAUCCAACCUCUGGUCUCGCCUUAACCAGGCCUUCAACUCUGGACACGGCAGUGUUCGUGUACUUGUUAUUAACGACGGCGGCCGUGAGCUCGUUGUCGACAUGAAGGUUAUCCACGCCUCUAACUUGUAG